AUGCACAUGUGUGGAGGUAACAGGAGAGGCCUGCUUGCACAGCCAGCCCCAGUACCAAGGCCUGCUGGCACAGCCAGCCCCAGUACCAAGGCCUGCUGGCACAGCCAGCCCCAGUACCAAGGCCUGCUGGCACAGCCAGCCCCAGUACCAAGGCCUGCUGGCACAGCCAGCCCCAGUACCAAGGCCUGCUUGCACAGCCAGCCCCAGUACCAAGGCCUGCUGGCACAGCCAGCCCCAGUACCAAGGCCUGCUGGCACAGCCAACCCCAGUACCAAGGCCUGCUGGCACAGCCAGCCCCAGUACCAAGGCCUGCUGGCACAGCCAGCCCCAGUACCAAGGAAGAGGCCUCUCCACAGCGGAGAUUGUUGUAUCUGUCCAUAGGACCACUUUAAGCCGUACACUCCACAGAGUUGGGCUUUACGGAAAAAAAUAAGCAAACACGUUUGGUGUGGAAGAAGGUACUAAUACACCAAACGUAUGGAAGAAGGUUCUCUGGUCAGAUGAGACUAAAAUUGAGCUUUUUGGCCGUCAAGGAAAACACUAUUGCUAGCGCAAACCCAACACCUCUCAUCACCCCGAGAACACCAUCCCCACAGUGAAGCAUGGUGGUGGCAGCAUCAUGCUGUGGGGAUGUUUUUCAUCGGCAGGGACUGGGAAACUGGUCAGAAUUGAAGGAAUGAUGGAUGGCGCUAAAUACAGGGAAAUUCUUGAGGGAAACCUGUUUCAGUCUUCCAGAGAUUUCAGACUGGGACGGAGGUUCACCUUCCUGCAGGACAAUGACCCUAAGCAUACUGAUAAAGCAACACUUGAGUGGUUUAAGGGGAAACGUUUAAAUGUCUUGGAAUGGCCUAGUCAAAGCCCAGACCUCAAUCCAAUUGAGAAUCUGUGGUAUGACUUAAAGAUUGCUGUACUCCAGCAGAACUCAUCCAACUUGAAGGAGCUGGAGCAGUUUUGCCUUGAAGAAUGGGCAAAAAUCCCAGUGGCUAGACGUGCCAAGCUUAUAGAGACAUACCCCAAGAGAGUUGCAGCUGUAAUUGCUGCAAAAGGUGGCUCUACAAAGUAUUGACUUUGGGGGGGUGAAUAGUUAUGCACACUCAAGUUCAGUUUUUUUUGUCUUAUUUCUUGUUUGCUUCACACAAAAAAAAGUUGCAUCUUCAAAGUGGUAGACAUGUUGUGUAAAUCAAAUGAUACAAACCCCCCAAAAAUCCAUUUUAAUUCCAGGUUGUAAGGCAACAAAAUAGGAAAAAUGCAAAGGGGGGUGAAUAUUUUCACAAGCCACUGUAUUCAUUUAGUAGCAGCAGGCCAACGCUGCUAAAUCAUGUCUGCCCACUAACUCAUUUUCAGGAUAGUAAAAUGUUUUCAGUGUAAACUAAAACCAGAUAUAAAUUAUAUAGAAAAGAUAACGGCGCUAUACAUUUUUUAAAAGAUCAUCUCUGGGAACUAACAACCACCAGAAUAAAACUAGACAGUCACGCAGAAUCUAAAAUUCUAAAAAAAAAUGUCAUGGCAUUGGGCCCCCAUGGACUGUGUUAUAAUAUUUUGAUUCACUCAGAUAGCAUAAGUACACAGCUUAAGCCAUGGCAAAAUGUGUGGAAUUGCAGGAAAUGAGCUUUAAAAUUGCUUUUUUUCUUUCUCUCAGCCCCAUGACAAAAUGUGUAGAAUUGCAGGAAAUCUGCUUUAAAACAUCCCCGCCAAUCAGAUGAAAACGUCAUGCCUGGUUGGUUGUGUUCAUGCCCCAUUUAAAAGGUAAUACAUUAGGUUAUAUGACAUCUUUAUUACUAGGACCUGUGACAGAGCCAGGGGAGAGGCCACUGCCAUGGUCUCAGGGUCAGCGAGGCAGAGUAAACAGUUCAAACGUAACUUUUAUUUCAUAAUUGACCAACAGAAAUGCUUACAAAUAAGAAGCUUAAAGUAUAACUUCAACUCACAGCCGUUAUCUUAACCUGAGUGUCCUUCAGACCGAACCUGUCUGCUGCUGUCUCCAGUCCUCUCCCUCAAAUGACAGCAGCAGCAGCCUAAUCAACUGUUGGGCUGAUUGUCCAGCCAAUCACACACUUGAUUGACUUAUUACCCUCAGCUGGGCUCCAUUAGCCUCCCAACAGUGCAGGAAAGGUUCUGGAAGGGCGCGGUAAGAAGGCUUGCCUCAUCCAGCACCACAGGCCUAUAGAAAAUAGUGCAUGCACACAUACAGUGGGGUUUUAAGUUAUUGACACCCUUCAUAAAGAUUAGCAAUAAUGACUGUAAAAUAAAUAAUUCAAAUUGAGUAAAGCCAGUGUGUCUAUGUAUGAGGAUGACUCAACACGUCAACUACCACAGCGACUGAAAUGACAGCAACACUUAACAAAGAGCUGCAGUUAGUUUCAGAAUGGGUGGCAAGGAAUAAUUUAGUCCUAAAUAUUUAAAAAACUAAAAACAUUGUAUUUGGGACAAAUCAUUUUACUAAACCCUAAACCUCAACUAAAUCUUGUAAUGAAUAAUGUGGUAAUUGAGCAAGUUGAGGACACUAAAUCGCUUGGAGUAACCCUGGAUUGUAAACUGUCAUGAUCAAAACAUAUUGAUACAACAGUAGCUAGGAUGGAGAGAAGUCUAUCUAUAAUAAAGUGCUGUUCUGCAUUUUUAACAGCACUAUCAACAAGGCAGGUCCUACAGGCCCUAGUUUUGUCGCACCUGGACUACUGUUCAGUCGUGUGGUCAGGUGCCACAAAGAGGGACUUAAGAAAAUUGCAAUUGGCUCAGAACAGGGCAGCACGGCUGGCCCUUGGAUGUACACAAAGUGUUAACAUUAAUAAUAUGCAUGUCAAUCUCUCCUGGCUCAAAGUGGAGGAGAGAUUGACUUCAUCACUACUUGUAUUUGUGAGAGGUAUUGACAUGUUGAAUGCACUGAGCUGUCUGUUUGAACUACUGGCACACAGCUCAGACACCCAUGCAUACCCCACAAGACAUGCCACCAGAGGUCUCUUCACAGUUCCCAAGUCAAGAACAGGCUAUGGGAGGUGCACAGUACUACAUAGAGCCAUGACUACAUGGAACUCUAUUCCACAUCAAGUAACUAAUGCCAGCAGUAAAAUUACAUUUAAAAAACAGAUAGAAAUACACCUUGUGGAACAGCGGGGACUGUGAAGCAACACAAAAAUAGACACAUGCAUACAAACACACUAUAACAUACACACUAUACACACAUGUACACAUGCAUUUUGUGUUAUAGAUAUGUGGUAGUAGAGUAGGGGCCUGAGGGCACACACUUAAUAUGUUGUGAAAUCUGUUGUGAAUGUAUUGUAAUGUUUUUAAAAUGUAUAUCUGCCUUCAUUUUGCUGGACCCCAGGAAGAGUAGCUGCUGCCUUGGCAGGAACUAAUGGGGAUCCAUAAUAAAUACAAAGACAAAUACAGGCUUUUGUUUUUAUGAUUUAUAUUUCGAGGUUGGACGUUAGCACGUGGGGCACACCGAUUGGCAUCACCUCGUUAGUCAGUCUGUGUACUGGUUGGUCAUCUCGUUAGAAGGAAGGUGUUUCACCUGUGCUGGCCCAGUGCUCCAGUUGUCUUGAGAGACGGAGGGUUAAUACCUUUCAUUGGCGCUCCCUAUUUUGAGUUCUAGACAGUUCUAGUUCUAUCCUUUAUCUGAUCGUCCCUGUUUUCAUUUUGCUCCACUUUUUGGUUUACUUCCUGUCUUUCAGUUUUGUGUGUGGUUUUUCUUUUGUUUGCCUCUUCUUGGGCACAUUUAGUGGCCACUCAUGGUGGGUGUCUUUUAGGUCCCAGUUGUUGUUGCUAGUCAACUGUCAGUGGACACGCCCAAGAGUGUCUUUCCAAACCCCUCCUAAAACCCCACCUGUUUCGUUUUGGUUGUUGUCAGUGACUCUUUGUUAGUUCCCCUUUCUGUUUGAGCAAUAAUUUUUGGUUGUCUUGCUGGGGAAUGUAACAGAUUGGGGGCUCGUCCGGGAUCUUGUUUCCCAUGAGUAUGGUAGUCUCUCUAAUCACCUACUUCUGCUGUGCCCGGAUAUUUUAUUGUUAAAAAAUACAAUUUUGUGGUAGAAUUCCUGUAUCUGACAUCCACCCUGAGCACAUCUGGAAAGCCUACAUGGGAGAUGCUAGCUAAAUGUACAAAUGCGAGUCUGCUCGUAAUUUCAAAGCAUUAUGACAUCAAGAUGGCAUCUGGCGAUCCAAAAGCAGUAGUCAAAGAGUUGAUCCGUACUGCUUUGGUGGAGGAGGAAAUCCUUCUGGAGAGGGAGGAUGAUGAAGAGGUUCCUACGGGUGGUAGAGGACACCCCAUAGAGAUAUAUAUGGUAGAGGACACCCCAUAGAGAUAUAUAUGGUAGAGGACACCCCAUAGAGAUAUAUAUGGUAGAGGACACCCCAUAGACGUACAACUGAGAGAGGUAGAACUGAAGGCAAAAUGGGAACAACCGAAAUUAGAGCUCAAGGAAAGGGAAGACAACAGACUAAAACAAGAAGAAGAAGAAGAACGUGCACAUGCCAUUCGAUUGAAAGAGAUGGAGCUGGAAGCGCGACAAAGGGAGAUAGAUCUGGAAGCACUCCAAAUCCAAUCAGGCCAUCCUACACCCGCAACAGAGUUUGAUCUUGGUCGGAAGAGCCGACUUGUACCGCCUUUCAACGAAAAGGAGGAGGAUGUAUAUUUUACUCUGUUUGAGCGGAUUGACACAUCCCUAAAAUGGCCACAAGAUAUUUGGUCACCACUCCUCCUCCUGUUCUUGUGGGAAAAGCUCAGAAAGUGUACGCCGCUUUAUCUCUUGACCAGAGUUCAGAUUAUGACACUGUUAAAGCUACUAUCCUUUGGGCUUACGAGUUGGUCCCAGAGGCAUACAGACAACAGUUCCGUAAAUUACAAAAGACAGAAUCACAAAGCCAUGUUGAGUUGGCAAGGGAACAAGCAUGUCUUUUUAAUCGGUGGUGUGGUUCUCAAGAGGUCAAGGACCUUGAGGAUUUAAAGGCUCUCAUACAUCUCGAGCAGUUCAAGAAUUGCCUUCACCAAAGGGUUGCUACCUACAUUUAUGAGCACAAAGAUCUCACUCUUGAGAAAGCUGUAGUUCUUGCAGAUGAGUUUGUGUUCACACAUAAAACGACCUUCACAAACAAAGCACCCAGUAGUUAUCCCUACGCAAAAAGCAAUCCAGAGAAGUCACCUCAUACUGUGAGGUUUCAGUCUUUUUCUACAGUGGCCAAAGAUAAAGAUCGGCAGAAAACUGGUUUUUCGUAUCCACCAGUUUGUCAUUACUGCCCUGAGAAAGGACACAUUGUCUCUAAAUUGAAAAAGAAAAAUGAGAGUGAGAAAAGCUAUUUCUUCUUGUGGGAGCAAUCCAGCCCGUUAAGUCUCUGGUUGGGACUGGUGUAUCUCCUAAACAAGAUUUUGGAUCAGAUGUGUAACCCUUUGUUUCAGACAGGUUCGUGUCUCUGCAGAGUGGCAAUGCUCUUAAGCAGCCGGUAUUUGUAUUUGUAUUUAUUAGGAUCCCCAUUCCGGCAGGAUAGAACGGCUGACUCAGGUAAGACAAGGGGUGGCGGUCUGUGUAUAUUUGUAAACAACAGUUGGUGCACAAAAUCUAAUACUAAGGAAUCUCAAGGUUUUUCUCGCCUGAGGUAAAGUAUCUCAUGAUAAGCUGUAGACCACACUAUUUACCAAGAGACUUUUCAUCUAUAUUUUUCAUAGCUGUCUAUCUACCACCACAAACCGAUGCGGGCAUUAAGAUUGCACUCAAUGAGCUGUAUAAGGCCAUACAGUAAGUAAACAGGAAAACGCUCACCCAGAGGCAGCGCUCCUAGUGGCCGGGGACUUUAAUUUUACAUUUUUACAUUUUUAGUCAUUUAGCAGACGCUCUUAUCCAGAGCGACUUACAGUUAGUGCAUACAUUACAAUUUUUUUUUUUUUUUUCAUACCCCCGGUGGGAAUCGAACCCACAACCCUGGCGUUGCAAACGCCAUGCUCUACGAACUGAGCUAAAUCCCCUGCCGGCCAUUCCCUCCCCUACCCUGGACGACGCUGGGCCAAUUGUGCGCCGCCCCAUGGGUUUAAUGCAGAGAAACUUAAAUCCGUUCUACCUCAUUUCUACCAGCAUGUUAAAUGUGCAACCAGAGGGGAAAAAAACUCUAGACCACCUUUACUCCACACACAGAGACACAUGCAAAGAUUUCCCUCGCCCUCCAUUUGGCAAAUCUGACCAUAACUCUAUCCUCCUGAUUCAAAAAACUAAAGCAGGAAGCACCAGUGACUCGGUUAAUAAAAAAGUGGUCAGAUGAUGCAGAUGCUAAGCUACAGGACUGUUUUGCUAGCACAGACUGGAAUAUGUUCCGGGAUUCUUCAGAUAGCUUUGAGGAGUACACCACAUCAGUCACUGGCUUCAUCAAUAAGUGCAUCGAUGACGUCGUCCCCACAGUGACCGUACGUACAUACCCCAACCAGAAGCCAUGGAUUACAGGCAACAUCCGCACUGAGCUAAAGGGUAGAGCUGCCACUUUCAAGGAGCGGGACUCUAACCCGGACGCUUAAAAGAAAUCCCGCUAUGCCCUCCGACAAACCAUCAAACAGGCAAAGAGUCAAUACCGGACUAAGACUGAAUCGUACUACACCGGCUCUGACACUCGUCGGAUGUCGCAGGGCUUGAAAACUAUUACAGACUACAAAAGGAAGCACAACCGCAAGCUGCCCAGUGACACAAGCCUACCAGACGAGCUAAAUCACUUCUAUGCUUGCUUGAAGCAUGCAUGAGAGCACCAGCUGUUCCGGAUGACUAUGUGAUCACGCUCUCCGUAGCCGAUGUGAGUAAGACUUUUAAGCAGGUCAACAUUCACAAGGCCGCAGGGCCAGACGGAUUACUAGGACGUGUACUCCGAGCAUGUGCUGACCAACUGGAAAGUGUCUUCACUGACAUUUUCAACAUGUCCCUGACUGAGUCUGUAAUACCAACAUGUUUCAAGCAGACCACCGUAGUCCCUGUGCCCAAGGACACUAAGAUAACCUGCUUAAAUGACUACCGACCCGUAGCACUCACGUCUGUAGCCAUGAAGUGCUUUGAACAACACCAUCAUCCCAGAAACCCUAGACCCACUCCAAUUUGCAUACCGCCCCAACAGAUCCACAGAUGAUGCAAUCUCUAUUGCACUCCACACUGCCCUUUCCCACCUGGACAAGAGGAACACCUACGUGAGAAUGCUAUUCAUUGACUGCAGCUCAGCGUUCAACACCAUAGUGCCCACAAACCUCAUCACUAAGCUAAGGAUCCUGGGACUAAACACCUCCCUCUGCAACUGGAUCCUGGACUUCCUGACGGGCCGCCCCCAGGUGGUAAGGAUAGGUAACAACACAUCUGCCACGCUGAUCCUCAACACGGGGGCCCCUCAGGGGUGCGUGCUCAGUCCCCUCCUGUACUCCCUGUUCACCCAUGACUGCAUGGCCAGGCAUGACUCCAACACCAUCAUUAAGUUUGCUGACGACACAACAGUGGUAGGCCUGAUCACCGACAACAAUGAGACAGCCUAUAGGGAGGAGGUCCGAGACCUGGCCGUGUGGUGCCAGGAUAACAACCUCUCCCUCAACGUGAUCAAGACAAAGGAGAUGAUUGUGGUCUACAGGGGAAAAAAAGAGGACUGAGCACGCCCCCAUUCUCAUCGACGGGGCUGUAGUGGAACAGGUUGAGAGCUUCAAGUUCCUGGUGUCCACAUCACCAACGAACUAUCAUGGUCCAAAGACACCAAGACAGUCGUGAAGAGGGCACGACAAAGCCUAUUCCCCCUCAGGAGACCGAAAAGAUUUGGCAUGGGUCCUCAUAUCCUCAAAAAGCUCUACAGCUGCACCAUCGAGAGCAUCCUGACUGGUUGCAUCACUGCCUGGUAUGGCAACUGCUCGGCCUUCGACUGCAAGGCACUACAGAGGGUAGUGUGUACAGCCCAGUACAUCACUGGGGCCAAGCUUCCUGCCAUCCAGGACCUCUAUACCAGGCGGUGUCAGAGGAAGGCCCUCAAAAUUGUCAAAGACUCCAGCCACCCUAGUCAUAGACUGUUCUCUCUGCUACCGCACAGCAAGCGGUACCGGAGCGUCAAGUCUAGGUCCAAAAGGCUUCUCAACAGCUUCUACCCCAAGCCAUAAGACUCCUGAACAGCUAAUCAUUGCUACCCGGACUAUUUGCACUGCCCCCCCAUCCCCACCCCCCUCUUUUACGCUGCUGCUACUCUGUCUAUUAUUUAUGCAUAGUCACUUUAACUCUACCCACAUGUACAUAUUACCUCAAUUACCUCGACUAGCCGGUGCCCCCGCACAUUGACUCUGCACCGGUACCCCCCUGUAGAUAGCCUCCCUACUGUUAUUUUAUUUUACUGCUGCUCUUUAGUUGUUUGCUUUUUAUUUUUAUAUUUUUUUAUUCUUUAAAAAUUGCAUUGUUGGUUAAGGGCUUGUAAGUAAGCAUUUCACUGUAAUGUCUACACUUGUUGUAUUCUGUGCAUGUGGCAAAUAAAAUUUGAUUUGAUUUGAAACACCGUUCAACUGAUGACCGAGGUCAGCCUGCAGGCAGCCGGCCCGCCACAAGGAGUCGCUAGAGCGCUAUGAGCCAUGUAAAGCCCCCCCGGCCAAACCCUCCCCGAACCCGGACGACGCUGGGCCAAUUGUGCGCCGCCCUAUGGGACUCCCGAUCACGGCCGGUUGUGAUACAGCCCAGGAUCAAACCCUGGUCUGUAGUGAUGCCUCUAGUACUGCGAUGCAGUGCCUUAGACCGCUGCGGCACUCGGAGGCCCAGAGAUGGAGAUUCUUAAAGUUUGGUUCGAUUGAAAGGCCCAAAACUGCACUUUCGAUGUGGGUGACCAAGUCCUGGUUUUGUUACCCUUCUGGGGUCACCGUUACAGGCUCGCUUUUCAGGCCCUUACCCUAUAUUGAAAAAAAUUGGUAACCUGGAUUACAUCAUUGCCACACCGGAGCGCAGGGAAAAAAACCUGGCUGUAUCAUGUCAACAUGUUGAAACCAUACUUCACCCAUUACGAUCGGGCGGAGAAGUCAGUGGAAACUGGUAGUGAUGUUCUGCAUGUAGCCACUGCUGUCACCAUUGACUCUAGUCUUCCUCAAGAGUAUGAGGAAAGUCCAAUACACCCUGUGACGGUAGGACGGUUGAGUAACUCAGAGACUCUAGAAAACCUUUUGGCACACUUGUCACCUGAGGUCUGAGGUCAGUCAAUACGUUGUGUUUUGUGUUUAGCCAGUGUAUAGCCCUGGCUCACAAUUUAUUUUGACUGCACGUUUUGCCGUUUUGGAAAUGAGUUUUGUUUUGGUUGCGCUCGUUCCAAGGGGACGAGAGCAUUAGAAACGUACAUUAUUUUAGCCUUUUUUCUCAAAACCUCUGAGUUUUAGCCAACUAUAUAAAAAAAUAUGUAAAUGUGUUUUGUCUUCAUUUUGAUGACAGCCAGUAGACGCCAUGUUUGUAUGGAGAAGGCGACGCAUAUAAGUAGCGACACAUUUAAGUUGAUCAUGUUGUGAGAUGGAAGUUAUUUUCCGUUGGUUGUGAGCAAACUUGUCCAACAAAAAUAUAGGGUAAGGGGGAAGGUGUUACUGGCUUUGGUUUUUCCAUUUUGUAUUUCGAGUUUCCACGUUAGCAAUUAAGGUGCACCGAUUGUUGUGACCUCGUUAGUCAGUCCGUAUUACACCUGUGCUGGUUGGUCAUCUCAUUAGAGGGAAGGUGUUUGCUUCCUGUCUUUUAAUUUGGUGUGUGGUUCUUCUUUUAUUUGCCUCUUCUUGUGCAUGUGGACACGCCCAAGAGUGUCUUUCCGAACCCCUCCUAAACCCCACCUGUUUCGUUUUAGUUAUUGUCAGUGACUUUAUUAUUUCCCCUUUCUGUUUAAGCGACAAUUUUUGGUUUUCUUGCUGGGGGACGUUACAAGUUCAUUUUGGUUGUUUCAGAUUGCCCAAUAGAAAUUAAUAGUAAGUAAUGUAUUUUGACAUUCUGUAGUCACUUUUAUUGUAAAUAAGAAUAUAAUAUGUUUCUAAACACUUCAACAUUAAUGUGGAGUCUACCAUGAUUAUGGAUAAUACUGAAUGAAUCGUGAAUAAUGAGGCGUGAUAAGGUUACAGAGGGUCAAAGAUCAUACCCCAAGACAUGCUAUCCUCCCCUGUUAUUGGUAAUGGCGAGAGGUUAUGAGGGUAUGAGCUUAGGAAUAUGUGAACAAAUACUACACUUUUGGGGUAUCAAUUUUGACCCCUACCUUUAACAAAAAUAUUACUUGUUAAACAAAAUCUUUCUCUGAGCAAUUGUAUUAGUGUAAAAUAAUAUAAUUUCCCUAUAUUUUUGAGGAUACAAUGUAGCUCAGUAUUUAAUUUAUUUUAUACAGUCAUUAUUGCUCAUCUUUAUCAAGGGUGUUAAUUUCGGACACCACUGUAGGAGGUCCCGUACCGGGAAGAAUCAAUUUUUAGCCCUGCCUGUACUGGCAUAUCCCUCUGAUCACGCAUCAACAAUAAAACAAAAAUGGUACCAAUAUUCAAAGAUAAGACGAGAUUCAAACUGUUUUGUGUGUGUAGACGUUUAUGCUCUCCAUUCUGUUACCAUAGUGAACGGCGGCUGGUCGACAUGGACAGAGUGGUCGGUGUGUAACAGUCGCUGUGGCCGCGGUUACCAAAAGCGUACCCGCAGCUGUACCAACCCCGCCCCGCUCAACGGAGGAGCCCCCUGUGAUGGACAGGCCACCCAGAAGCUGGCAUGCACCUCCCUCUGCACUGGUAUGGACACAUAUACUGUUUUGUUGUGUUCUGUUCUGGUCUAGUCUAUUCUGUUGUGUUCUGUUCUAGUCUAUUCUGUUCUGUUCUGUUCUAGUCUAUUCUGUUGUGUUCUGUUCUAGUCUAUUCUGUUGUGUUCUGUUCUAGUCUAUUCUGUUGUGUUCUGUUCUAGUCUAUUCUGUUCUGUUGUGUUCUAGUCUAUUCUGUUCUGUUGUGUUCUAGUCUAUUCUGUUCUAUUCUGUUGUGUUCUAGUCUAUUCUGUUCUAUUCUGUUGUGUUCUAGUCUACUCUGUUCUAUUAUGUUGUGUUCUGUUCUAGUCUACUCUGUUCCAUUUUGUUGUGUUCUAUAGUAUAUUAAAAUAUAUUCUGUUUUAUACUAUUCCAUCUAACUCUGUUUUGUAUUGUAUUUUACCUUCAGAGCCAGAUCAACUGUGUUGAUAUUGUAUCCCAGUGAACCCUGUAUCUCUCUCUCCCCUACAGUUGACGGGUUGUGGACAGAGUGGAGUAAGUGGUCUACCUGUGGUACAGAGUGCACUCACUGGCGCAGGAGAGAAUGCACUGCCCCUGCACCCAAAAAUGGAGGCAAGGACUGCGAGGGUAUGGUCCUACAGUCCCAGAACUGUACUGACGGACUCUGUAUGCAGAGUGAGUAAACAUCCUCCCCCACUAACUCUUCUUCCUACACCUGCUCGUUCUCCUUAACCACCUCCUCCUCCUUCACCACCUCCUCUUCCUCCUGCUCCUCCUCACCUUCCUCACUGGCUCUGUUAUAUUCUCACCUCCUUCCUCUCAUACAUCACCACCAAUACACUGACAGACAGAUACUGUAUACAGCAUGUAUACUUACAAAACAAAAGUAUGCCUGUGAGCAUCUUCAUCAAACAUGUGAAUGUAAAACUUGUUAUCCUUUAAAUGUCUAUUGAUGGUGGCAUACAGGUCUGUAGAACGUUAAUAGGGAGAGAAAACAAUGCACAGUACAAUAUUUUUUGACCACAAGAUGCACUUGGGGCCUGAUUCAGACUUAGGAAAUGUAUGCCUUUCCUACGCACGCCUUUCCUACGUACUUUUCAGUAGUUGGUAUUCAGACUUACCUAAUGCCAGUGCUUAAUUUGUAACUUGGGAGGUGCCGGAACAAAAAAGUGAGCUCGAGACUGGGUUGACCUGGGGGGCUCUGAGGUACCGAAAUGCAUUUAAAAAAAUCACCUUUAUAAUAAAGCAUUGCAUGCAUUAUCAACACUUUUGCGUACUGGUAUAGAGCAGUAGAGUAGAGGCACUUCAAUUAAAGUAGUUGCACAUAUGGAGGAAAAACUUUGUAGCCUAGGUCCAGGAUUUUUUUGGUGCCUUUUAUAAACUAACUUCAUGCAGUUCUACAUCAUUUUAGAUGACUGGAGACUUUAGCAGAAUCUUUUUUAAUACCUCACAACUUAUCAAAAUGGCAGGCUACUUUGACACUGAAAACUGAGAAUCUGAGAUCAAUAAAAACGACCUUGUCUUGAAUACAUCAAUAGCCUAGGUGUACGGGGAGACACAUAUUGUACAAUAUGAGGAGGAAAUUAUAGUCCUAAAAAAGCUUUCCAGUUUCCCUUACUCACCCAAUGAUGAGCAGCUCACUCACCGGCGAUAGCCAAUGCGCUCUUGCCAAAAGCUUAUCUCUCUUGUUUACUUUGUUAAAUAAUGCUGUUCGCUCAAUAGGUCUACAGUGGGGAAAAAAAGUAUUUAGUCAGCCACCAAUUGCGCAAGUUCUCCCACUUAAAAAGAUGAGAGAGGCCUGUAAUUUUCAUCAUAGGUACACGUCAACUAUGACAGACAAAAUGAUUUUUAAAAAUCCAGAAAAUCACAUUGUAGGAUUUUUAAUGAAUUUAUUUGCAAAUUAUGGUGGAAAAUAAGUAUUUGGUCACCUACAAACAAGCAAGAUUUCUGGCUCUCACAGACCUGUAACUUCUUCUUUAAGAGGCUCCUCUGUCCUCCACUCGUUACCUGUAUUAAUGGCACCUGUUUGAACAUGUUAUCAGUAUAAAAGACACCUGUCCACAACCUCAAACAGUCACACUCCAAACUCCACUAUGGCCAAGACCAAAGAGCUGUCAAAGGACACCAGAAACAAAAUUGUAGACCUGCACCAGGCUGGGAAGACUGAAUCUGCAAUAGGUAAGCAGCUUGGUUCCAUGUCCCUGACUGAGUCUGUAAUACCAACAUGUUUCAAGCAGACCACCAUAGUCCCCGUGCCCAAGAACUCUAAGAUAACCUGCCUAAAUGACUACCGACCCGUAGCACUGACGUCUGUAGCCAUGAAGUGCUUUGAAAGACUGGUCAUGGCUCACAUCAACAGCAUAAUCCCAGAAACCCUAGACCCACUCAAUUUGCAUACCGCCCCAACAGAUCCACAGAUGAUGCAAUCUCUAUCGCACUCCACACUGCCCUCUCCCACCUGGACAAGAGGAACACCUACGUGAGAAUGCUGUUCAUUGACUACAGCUCAGCAUUCAACACCAUAGUGCCCUCUAAGCUCAUCACUAAGCUAAGGAUCCUGGGACUAAACACCUCCCUCUGCAACUGGAUCCUGGACUUCCUGACGGGCCGCCCCCAGGUGGUAAGGGUAGGUAACAACACAUCUGCCACACUGAUCCUCAACACGGGGGCCCCUCAGGGGUGCGUGCUCAGUCCCCUCCUGUACUCUCUGUUCACCCAUGACUGCAUGGCCAGGCACGACUCCAACACCAUCAUUAAGUUUGCCGACGACACAACAGUGGUAGGCCUGAUCACCGACAACGAUGAGACAGCCUAUAGGGAGGAGGUCAGAGAUCUGGCCGUGUGGUGCCAGGACAACAACCUCUCCCUCAACGUGACCAAGACAAAGGAGAUGAUUGUGGACUACAGGAAAAAAAAGAGGACUGAGCACGCCCCCAUUCUCAUCGACGGGGCUGUAGUGGAACAGGUUGAGAGCUUCAAGUUCCUUGGUGUCCACAUCACCAACGAACUAUCAUGGUCCAAACACACCAAGACAGUCGUGAAGAGGGCACGACAAAGCCUAUUCCCCCUCAGGAGACUAAAAAGAUUUGGCAUGGGUCCUCAGAUCCUCAAAAAAUUCUACAGCUGCACCAUCGAGAGCAUCCUGACUGGUUGCAUCACCGCCUGGUAUGGCAACUGCUUGGCCUCUGACCGCAAGGCACUACAGAGGGUAGUGCGUACGGCCCAGUACAUCACUGGGGCAAAGCUCCCUGCCAUCCAGGACCUCUAUACCAGGCGGUGUCAGAGGAAGGCCCUCAAAAUUGUCAAAGACUCCAGCCACCCUAGUCAUAGACUGUUCUCUCUGCUACCGCACGGCAAGCAGUACCGGAGUGCCAAGUCUAGGUCCAAAAGACUUCUCAACAGCUUCUACCCCCAAGCCAUAAGACUCCUGAACAGCUAAUCAUGGCUACCCGGACUAUUUGCACUGCCCCCCCCACCCCAUCCUUUUUACGCUGCUGCUACUCUGUUAAGUAUUUAUGCAUAGUCACUUUAACUCUACCCACAUGUACAUAUUACCUCAACUACCUCAACUAGCCGGUGCCCCCGCACAUUGACUCUGCAACGGUACCCCCCUGUAUAUAUAGCCUCCCUACUGUCACUUUAUUUUACUGUAUAUAUAGCCUCCCUACUGUCACUUUAUUUUACUUCUGCUCUUUUUUUCUCAACACUUUUUUUGUUGUUGUUUUAUUCUUACUUUUUUUGUUUAAAAUAAAUGCACUGUUGGUUAAGGGCUGUAAGUAAGCAUUUCACUGUAAUGUCUGCACCUGUUGUAUUCGGCGCAUGUGACCAAUAAAAUUUGAUUUGAUUUGAUUUGGUUUGAAGAAAUCAACUAUGGGAGCAAUUAUUAGGAAAUGGAAGACAUACAAGACCACUGAUAAUGUCCCUCGAUCUGGGGCUCCACGCAAGAUCUCACCCUGUGGGGUCAAAAUGAUCACAAGAAUGUUGAGCAAAAAUCCCAAAACCACACGGGGGGACCUAGUGAAUGACCUGCAGAGAGCUGGGACCAAAGUAACAAAGCCUACCAUCAGUAACACACUACGCCGCCAGGGACUCAAAUCCUGCAGUGACAGACGUGUCCCCCUGCUUAAGCCAGUACAUGUCCAGGCCCGUCUGAAGUUUGCUAGAGUGCAUUUGGAUGAUCCAGAAGAGGAUUGGGAGAAUGUCAUAUGGUCAGAUGAAACCAAAAUAGAACUUUUUGGUAAAAACUCAACUCGUCAUGUUUGGAGGACAAAGAAUGCUGAGUUGCAUCCAAAGAACACCAUACCUACUGUGAAGCAUGGGGGUGGAAACAUCAUGCUUUGGGGCUGUUUUUCUGCAAAGGGACCAGGACGACUGAUCCGUGUAAAGGAAAGAAUGAAUGGGGCCAUGUAUCGUGAGAUUUUGAGUGAAAAAUUCCUUCCAUCAGCAAGGGCAUUGAAGAUGAAACGUGGCUGGGUCUUUCAGCAUGACAAUGAUCCCAAACACACCGCCCGGGCAACGAAGGAGUGGCUUCGUAAGAAGCAUUUCAAGGUCCUGGAGUGGCCUAGCCAGUCUCCAGAUCUCAACUCCAUAGAAAAUAUUUGGAGGGAGUUGAAAGUCCAUGUUGCCCAGCGACAGCCCCAAAACAUCACUGCUCUAGAGGAGAUCUGCAUGGAGGAAUGGGCCAAAAUACCAGCAACAGUGUGUGAAAACCUUGUGAAGACUUACAGAAAACGUUUGACCUGUGUCAUUGCAAACAAAGGGUAUAUAACAAAGUAUUGACAAACUUUUGUCAUUGACCAAAUACUUAUUUUCCACCAUAAUUUGCAAAUAAAUUCAUUAAAAAUCCUACAAUGUGAUUUUCUGGAUUUUUUUCUUCUCAUUUUGUCUGUCAUAGUUGACGUGUACCUAUGAUGAAAAUUACAGGCCUCUCUCAUCUUUUUAAGUGGGAGAACUUGCACAAUUGGUGGCUGACUAAAUACUUUCUUUCCCCACUGUAUUUGGAAGUUGAUAACUUGGUAGACUACAGACAUAUUAGUCUUCUCUUUUCAGCAGGAUCCAUUUGCUUUCCAACCUGUGUUUUCCCGCGAUUGUAUUUGAAAUAUUGCGAAAGGCCUGUUUUGGCUGCAUGCUGUUCACUGACAGAUUUGCCAUGCGUUCCCGACUGUAAGCAUGCCUUGCUAUUGGGCUACACACAAUCCACAGCUAGGCUAUUUAAAAAGAAAUAAGCUAUUGAUCCUCUGUGACUAAAUAUAGGCUCACUCCUGGUGUAGUAUUCUGAAUUAUUUCAUUUAUUUCUGAACAGACAGCAGUAAUUCUAUAACUUUGGGAAAUGUAUUUCAAUUUAUCAGUGGUGCAGCACCUCCAGUACACUUCCCGCGGCUAUGAUUCUAUAAGGAAAUAAAUGAUGAAGUGCAACACUGGAGAGAUGAGUUGAAGGCUCAUGUCUAUCAGCGCAGAGAGGGAGAGAGAUCAUAGAAAGUUAAUCAAAUUUUACAGUAGUUCUGUUAAGAUACAGGCACGCUUCUUUCUCUCACCACAGCAAUGGCUGAUUCAUUGGUCUAUAUAGGCCACAAUAUUGCAAAACCAUAAACCCGGGCCGGCCCAACGUGAAUCAAUUCUUAGAAUAUCAGGCACGUUUUCACAUUACGUUUUUUAGGGGGGGAGGAGAAUUACAGAGGAGUCAAAGUUUAAAUAACUCUGAUUGCAAUGUAAAAAUUAUAAUAAAAGCAAACAGUGAAAAUUAUUUUUCAUGCCGGAUCCUGGCAAAUGGGUUCCGGAAUGAAACGGCAGACUCACUAGAAUACAUAGAGAGAACGGGUUGAGAAUAUAGGGAUCAAUGAAAGAAAUCAAUCUAAAUAUAAAGUGGGGAAAAAAAGUAUUUAGUCAGCCACCAAUUGUGCAAGUUCUCCCACUUAAAAAGAUGAGAGAGGCCUGUAAUUUUCAUCAGAGGUACACGUCAACUAUGACAGACAAAUUGAGAAGAAAAAAAUCCAGAAAAUCACAUUGUAGAAUUUUUUAUGAAUUUAUUUGCAAAUUAUGGUGGAAAAUAAGUAUUUGGUCGCCUACAAACAAGCAAGAUUUCUGGCUCUCACAGACCUGUAACUUCUUCUUUAAGAGGCUCCUCUGUCCUCCACUCGUUACCUGUAUUAAUGGCACCUGUUUGAACUUGUUAUCAGUAUAAAAGACACCUGUCCACAACCUCAAACAGUCACACUCCAAACUCCACUAUGGCCAAGACCAAAGAGCUGUCAAAGGACACCAGAAACAAAAUUGUAGACCUGCACCAGGCUGGGAAGACUGAAUCUGCAAUAGGUAAGCAGCUUGGUUUGAAGAAAUCAACUGUGGGAGCAAGUAUUAGGAAAUGGAAGACAUACAAGACCACUGAUAAUCUCCCUCGAUCUGGGGCUCCACGCAAGAUCUCACCCUGUGGCGUCAAAAUGAUCACAAGAACGGUGAGCAAAAAUCCCAGAACCACACGGGGGGACCUAGUGAAUGACCUGCAGAGAGCUGGGACCAAAGUAACAAAGCCUACCAUCAGUAACACACUACGCCGCCAGGGACUCAAAUCCUGCAGUGCCAGACGUGUCCCCCUGCUUAAGCCAGUACAUGUCCAGGCCCGUCUGAAGUUUGCUAGAGUGCAUUUGGAUGAUCCAGAAGAGGAUUGGGGGAAUGUCAUAUGGUCAGAUGAAACCAAAAUAGAACUUUUUGGUAAAAACUCAACUCGUCGUUUUUGGAGGACAAAGAAUGCUGAAUGCAUCCAAAGAACACCAUACCUACUGUGAAGCAUGGGGGUGGAAACAUCAUGCUUUGGGGCUGUUUUUCUGCAAAGGGACCAGGACGACUGAUCCGUGUAAAGGAAAGAAUGAAUGGGGCCAUGUAUCGUGAGAUUUUGAGUGAAAAAUUCCUUCCAUCAGCAAGGGCAUUGAAGAUGAAACGUGGCUGGGUCUUUCAGCAUGACAAUGAUCCCAAACACACCGCCCGGGCAACGAAGGAGUGGCUUCGUAAGAAGCAUUUCAAGGUCCUGGAGUGGCCUAGCCAGUCUCCAGAUCUCGACCCCAUAGAAAAUCUUUGGAGGGAGUUGAAAGUCCGUGUUGCCCAGCGACAGCCCCAAAACAUCACUGCUCUAGAGGAGAUCUGCAUGGAGGAAUGGGCCAAAAUACCAGCAACAGUGUGUGAAAACCUUGUGAAGACUUACAGAAAACGUUUGACCUGUGUCAUUGCCAACAAAGGGUAUAUAACAAAGUAUUGAGAAACUUUUGUUAUUGACCAAAUACUUAUUUUCCACCAUAAUUUGCAAAUAAAUUAAUAAAAAAUCCUACAAUGUGAUUUUCUGGAUUUUUUUUCCUCAUUUUGUCUGUCAUAGUUGACGUGUACCUAUGAUGAAAAUUACAGGCCUCUCUAAUCUUUUUAAGUGGGAAAACUUGCACAAUUGGUGGCUGACUAAAUACUUUUUUUCCCCACUGUAUGCAUAUUCGUCUCUGUUUCAGCACCAAUUGGUAGAUAAAAAAAAUACUCUGAUCUUGUAGAUUAUUUAGGCACAUUUUAGGGUUAGGAAAGUAUGGAGAGCCUUUACGCACUAAGUAUAUUGAUGAAUCAAAAAUAGUGGUUUGAUUCAUCCUGAUUCAUCCUGAAUGUUGCCAUAUCAAGUUCAAUCUAUGAAAUAUUGGAAGGUGGAAAAAAGUGCUAGAAAUCUACCCUAAUCCUCAUUAAUCAUGGAACUGUAUGACAACGGUCCAGUCAUCAUGGACAGUGCACCCAGGUUUAAACUGCUACAUGUGGGCUGAGUUCCAUAAUGAUUCAAAUAGACUACAUGUCCCAAAUUAUUGCACAAUGUUAGCCUAAUAUGAUCCACUAAUGCUAGCGACCCUCAGGAACAACUACACGGACGUGACAGAGGAAAGAAAGGGAAACAGAAUGGAAUGAUGCAAAAUGUAGGCUACAAAUUUAAAUAAACUAACACUAAAGUGACAGUUAUAAAUGUAUGUAGGUAUUACUGACGGUGGCUCCCGAAAGUGGAUAAUAUUUAACAUGAUACAAAUUGUAAAAUAAAACUGAGAAAGGCUGGCAUAUAAUUAAAACAUUUUAAAGCGCAUACAUCAACUCUGCAGGUUCAGCCCUACAGAAGCCUAUAACUUGGGUCUCCAAAUUUUAUCCAGCAAAUUAUGAGGUCAUGCAAUUAGAAUUCUGAGUAACGGCACAGCUAUUUAUAGCCUACUUAACUGUAGAAAAGGGGCCGCAAUACAUGUCAUGUUGAUAUGAUUUUCCAUUUGCUUCCAUAUGACGGGCCGCCCCCAGUUGGUGAGGGUAGGCAACAUCCCAUCUGCCACGCACCUCAGGGGUGCGUGCUUAGACCCAUCCUGUAUUCCCUGUUCACCCACGACUGCGUGGCCAAGCACGACUCCAAAACCAUCAUUACGUUUGCCAACAACACAACAGUGGUAGGCCUGAUCACCGACAACAAUGAGACAGCCUAUAGGGAGGAGGUCAGAGACCUGGCAGUGUGGUGCCAGGACAACAACCUCUCCCUAAACAUGAUCAAGACAAAGGAGAUGAUCGUGGACUUUAGAAAAAGGAGGGCCGAGCACGCCCCCAUUUUCAUCGACGGGGCUGUAGUGGGAGCAGGUCGAGAGCUUCAAGUUCCUUCGUGUCCACAUCACCAACAAACUAUCAUGGUCGAAACACACCAAGACAUUUGUGAAGAAUGCCUAUUCCCCCUCAGGAGACUGAAAAGAUUUGGCAAUGGUCCUCAGAUCCUCAAAGUUCUUCAGCUGCACCAUUGAGAGCAUCCUGACAGGUUGCAUCACCGCCUGGUAAAUUGUACCAUGAAAUGCUUACUUACAAGCCCUUAACCAAGAUAUCAGUUAAGAAAAAAUAGUUUAAAAAUAAAUUCACCAAUACAUGUCUUGGUAGUCCAACAAAUAUUGCUAUUAGGAUGAAAAUCACAGCUGGCCUGGUACAUUGUUUAUGCCUCCACCCAUUCGGGAUGCAGUUUCAAUGACUCAAUACAAAAACGGACUAAUAACGUGGCUAAUAGGCUAACUUAUCUAUUUAUGUAGCUAUUUAGCAAGCUAAAAACACAGAGCCUAAUGUUAGCUAGCUAGCUGCUGGGAGGAUGUCAUGUCAUUGGACGAGUAGGUGAGUGGAUGACUUUUUUCCCCCCAUAUCAAUUUUCGGUGGCUACAGCUAGAGUGAAGGUGUCAUUUGGUUAGCUAGCAAAAAAUUUGAAUCACUUUGCUAGCUAGGUAGCUAUGCUGAACUUAACAACUGUUAUCCAUAGUUAGCAUAUCUCUUAGUUGUCAAUCAAAUGUAUUUGGCAUCGAUCAAAUGGUCGGGCAGGCAAGUUCCCACUCAAAACGUGGGUUGGGAUAAGCAUGCAUUGGCAGGCAAGCUGCAGAAGGAAGUAACGCUGUUGCUACUGCCUGUAAACACAGUCCAGUUGAAAGUGAAUGAUGGCAGGCCCUUGUGGCAAAAGGCUUAUUUGCAUAUAGGCCUAUUGUAGCUCUGAUUGGCUAUGGCACACGGUCUGUGUAGAGUCCGGUCCUGGACAAGACAAAUGUUUUUUUUUACUGCAGUGUCUAUUAAUUCUCCUCAUUCCCACUCUAUAUUGCUAUAGAAUUUUCAGAAAUGCCUUACUCUGUCAUUCCCAAACAUUCUAUGAAAGUAUGAAAACAUGAACAUGACUAUCUAAGUGCUCGCUUAAAAAAAUAUACUCUUCCUGGGGGUGUAUGUGAACAGAUUUUAAUAAUAUUUCAUGUUGCUAAAACGCUGUCAGUUCCACUUUAAUUUCAAGGUCAAAAUACGCAUAUAGAAAAGUGCAUAAAAAGGGAUUUACGCUACCUUAACUUGGGUCAGAAUUCCCCCCAUAUUGAACAUAGUGUUCCUAUACGGUGGCCAUACUAGUCCUCAGAUUGAGGCUGUCCUAAUAUGAACACCAUAUUACACUGUAGAAGCUUUAUAUCAAACCUUAAACAAUUAAGGUCAAUACCUGAGUUAUAGACCAUGUUUUCAGGAAAUGUAUAGAAAAGAUAGUGACAAAUGAUGACUCAGGAGCUAGCGUAACUACGUAUGAGCUAGCGUAACUACGUAUGAGCUAGCGUAACUACGUAUGAGCUAGCGUAACUACGUAUGAGCUAGCGUAACUACGUAUGAGCUAGCGUAGCUACGUAUGAGCUAGCGUAACUACGUAUGAGCUAGCGUAACUACGUAUGAGCUAGCGUAACUACGUAUGAGCUAGCGUAGCUGCGUACGAGCUAGCAUAAUUACCAUGAGCUAAUGUAAUUACCAACCCUCCAGAAUUAUUGAGAUUUUUCACCCCAAUAAAAAUAACACAUCUUCAACCCUCAUGGACAAUUUGGCCUCAGUCUUAACAUAAAGUGUCUAUUUUCCAAGAGAAGCCAAUUUUGUGUUGACAUGUGGGAAAAGCACCUUGUUUUAAUGUGUGUUUGUCUGUAAUUACCGACCAGGCAUUUGACUCAAAGUUACAACUAAAGUGAAAACACUGGAUAGAAAUGUGUUACCGCAGACUGCUUAUAAUAAUGCUAUUAAUUCUCGCUAAAGGAAUACUACACUCAAACUAUCUUUUUAGUAUUUUUUUCAUUAGUCCACUGUUGCAUAGAUGGGUUGUUUGUUUAGCAACAAAACUGAUGCUUGCGCAUCUAUGGGGCAAAACAGAUAGGGUUGGCUUAGACUGUUGACAACAUGGAAACUAUAUUUCAUCUCCAAAUGUUUAUUGAAAGCAUAAAUACAUUUGCACAAUGAGUACUUGUUGUCUCUCAAAUACAUUGUUCCAGUUGUUGAUUGGCUAGCUAGUGAAUUUAAGCCAUAUUAGAAUAGACAUGACAUCAGUCAAAACACCUCAAAACAAGACAUGGUAUCAAUAACAAGAUACAUCGAGCUGAAACGAGCCACCUACGAUUCACCACAAGGCAGCUUCUUGUCAUUGUUGAUAGCUAUCUGACUGUUCAGAAGCAUAACAGCGCACGCCUUCAGGCCACGUCGAUGCGCACGGAUCUUUUUAGUGACGUUGUCAGCCAACCCGUUCAUACAACCCCCCCCCCCCACCCCCCCCCACCCCCCCCCCCAACACAUAUCAGCAGUCAAGUUUUCAAUAUGGAGCACUUUUAGUACAGAGAAAAAUCUGCUAUGUGUUUUGCAUCAUGUGAUGCAUUCCCUUUGAACAAGGCUAUGCUGUAGAUAUUAUUUUGGAGAAAUACACUACAUGACCAAAAGUAUGUGGACACCCGCUCGUCGGACAUCUCAUUCCAAAAUCAUGGGCAUUAAUAUGGAGUUAGUCCCCCCCAAUGCUGCUAGAAUAGCCUCUACUCUUCUGGGAAAGCUUUUCACUAGAUGUUGGAAUAUUGCUGAGGGGACUUGCUUCCAUUCAGCCACGAGCAUUAGUGAGGUCGGGCACUGAUGUUGGGCGAUUAGGCCUGGCUCGCAGUCGGCGUUCCAAUUCAUCCCAAAGGUGUUCAAUGGGGUUGAGGUCAGGGCUCUGUGCAGGCCAGUCAAUAUCUUUCACACUGAUCUCGACAAGCCAUUUCUGUAUGGACAUCGCUUUGUGCACGGAGGCAUUGUCAUGCUGAAACAGGAAAGGGCCUUCCCCAAACUGCUGCCUCAUAUUUGGAAGCACAUAAUCGUCUAUAAUGUCAUUGUAUGCUGUAGCGUUAAGAUUUCCCUUCACUGGAACUAAGGGGCCUAGCUUGAAUCAUGAAAAACAGCCCCCACCAUUAUUUGUCCUCCACCAAACUUUACAGUUGGCACUAUACAUUGGGGAAGGUAGCGUUCUCUUGGCAUCCGCCAAAACCAGAUUAGUCCGUCGGACUGCCAGAUGGAGAAGCAUGAUUCAUCACUCCAAAGAACGCGUUUCCACUGCUCCCGAGUCCAAUGGCGGCGAGCUUUACACCACUCCAGCCGACGCUUGGCAUUGUGCAUGGUGAUAUUAGGCUUGUGUGUUGCAGCUCGGUCAUGGAAACCCAUUUCAUGAAUCUCCCGACAAGCAUUUAUUGUACUGAAGUUGCUUCCAGAGGCAGUUUGGAACUCGGUAGUGAGUGUUGUAACCAAGGACAGAAGAUUUUUACGUGCUUCAGCGGUCCCGUUCUGUGCGCUUGUGUGGCCUACCACUUCGCAGCUGAGCCGUUGUUGCUCCUAGACGUUUCCCCUCACAAUAACAGCACUUAAAGUUGACUGGGGCAGCUCUAGCAGGGCAGAAAUGUGACGAACUGACUUGUUGGAAAGGUGGCAUCCUAUGACGGUACCAUGUUGACAGUCACUGAGCUCUUCAAUAAGGCCAUUAUACUGCCAAUGUUUGUCUAUGGAGAUUGCACGGCGGUGUGCUCGAUUUUAUACACCUGUCAGCAAUGGGUGUAACUGAAAUAGCCGAAUCCACUAAUUUGAAGGGGUGUCCACAUACUUUUGUGUAUGUGUGUGUAUGUAUAUAUAUAUAUAUAUAUAUAUAUAUAUAUAUAUAUAUAUAUAUAUAUAUAUAUAUAUAUAUAGUGUAUGUUUCUAAGACUCUCAUCAAAGACUCUGGUUUGGUUUUACACAGGACAUUAUUUAUAAGUAUAUUUUUAUCUGCUAAAUCCUCCUGGACCUAUAUAUUUAUCUGUUAUUUAACCAGUCCAAUUGAGAUUAAUACUUUCUUUAAGGGAGUCCUGGUCAAGAGGAAGCAGCGAAAGUAUACAAUAAAAUACAAUGCAGCACGGGACAAAUGCAACUCACAACAACAAAUACAUAAGACAUACUCUCAUAGUCUUACAGGACACCUACACAUUAUCUGUUGAAGCAGCUACACACUCUUCAGUAUUCAAAAAAACUCUGAAACUCACACAUACGGAUGAAGUAUUGAAGUUUAGCAUCCUUCGGUUCCAACACCAUGGGUAUAAUAACUAUAACAGCUCUGUGCUCGAACAUUUCUCAAAGGCUAAACCAGUGUAACAGAGUGUAAUCCCCCCACAGACUGAUCAGUGUGAAGCCUAAUUUAUACCCUAGGCAAUAUGCAAAGCAAGACCUACUAUUAAACUACACAAAAUGUCUAUCCUGCGUAGUUGUGUUGCAGAAAUAUGCAGUAGACGGGUCCAACCUCGCAAUUUGUAACUUGACACAGGUACGCAAGAUCACCAUUUAGUGUAGCUAAUUGCGUUCUUGCGUUGCGUACAUACAGUGCGUAUGUAUGGUAUAAAUUAGGCUUAAGGACUUUCCCCACUCCUCUUAGAAGUGCUCUAGGCUCUCCGCGUUUACAUUGAGAAAAGCAGCAUGAAAUUCCACAUUUGUUAGACAUAAAACCUCUAAUGGAUUUAACACAUUUAAAGGAAAUCAAAUAAAUCCAUGCAUGUUGUUAGAAAAGCCUAGUGCUAUACCUAUAUCAUGAUCGUUAGUCUUACCACGCAUUUACAUGAUCACCGUUAUUGAUGGUCUGUUCAUAUUUCUUGGAGGCACAGCACUGCUGCCCAUAGUUUUAAAUGCCCUCAUUGGGCUUGUGAGAUCCAUAGCCGCUGCAUUAAGUCCCAGGUAGAUGGAUGGGGAGUACACUCUGAAUAUAAAACCCAUAACCGUAUAGAUUCAGCCUCGUUUCACCCAGAUUGAUUUUUUGUGCUUUUAGAGGCCGGUGCCCUGUCUGUGUCUGCACUAAUAACAGUUUCCUCCAAUAUUUAGGAGAAAUCCAUGAGGCUUAAAAGCCUGCAAUGCUUCAAAUAUGAUGCUGAAAGCAAUACUUAUGUAGACCAUAUCAACCCGCUCUAAUGGGUCCAUUCACUUUGCAUCUUGACUGGUACUUUAAUAUGUUUGCAUUGCAAAUAAUAAAUCAGUGUUUCUGUUGGAUUCUGUUGAAUCGUUUGUGUAUAGGCUACCCUUAGUAUUCCCCGCCCUGUUUCUUACUAAAACAUACUUGUCUCUUAAUAACUAUUCUUAUCAUUACCUUUUUUUUUAUUUAUCGUGUCCAUUUCCUUUAAAUUAGACAUAACUUAACGCUGGGAGUUCAUAAAAAUGUGAUUUAUUUUUUUGGGGCUUGAAGAAUGUGAACACUAGUGUAGUAGUGUAGUGCAUGAUGUUUCUGAUAGCGCUGUAUAAUUGACUUUUCUCCAGUUACUGUACCUACAGGCACUUUCCUGCUUUCUUCCUCUUGCCCAUCUAAAGUUUUCCCAUUAUAAAACCUGAGUAGUUGAAAUCCACUUGACCUCCGUCUGCCUCACCUCUAGUAUUUUCCUCUCUCGUCCAUUUCUCCGUGAUUUAAGUAGCUUUUGUUGCUCUGCUCUCAGACAGAUGACAUUUUCUAUCGACUGAGUGGACUAGACAUCCAGCACUGUAUUAGCAUAGAAAACAUACCUUUUACUCUGUGCCUAUUUCACGUUUCCUAUGGGUCUGGGUUGGAGUUUAUUUCAAAUGAUUCAGAUUGAAUAAAAGACAUUUUAAAGACAACUGUAGUUGUUUAACGCUGCAUCAUGGCAUUGCUUGGUAGUGGUGUGGUAGUACCACACAAAGUAGAAAGUACAGUUAAACCUUUCUUCCGAGUUUCAAUACAGCGAAAUAUGGCCACAACACAGCAAAAUGAAAAAGGUUCAGUUAAAUACAAUUUGGGUUCGUUUAGUGAGUUAGCGUUAGUCUUACCAGUGGGUUAGGGUGAGUGUUACAAGAAGCCAUUGGCAGUACAUGAAAGGAUCAUGUUUCUCAUGUUGACAACAUUGAUGAGUCCCGAUGGCAAGAACUGCAGAUUUUAGUGAAGAAAUGUUGUUAGGGAGUGGUGCCCUGUAAAAAUAAGCUAUUUUGUACUGGUCAGAGAAGACUUUAAUAGAAUAGGUUUGUCUUUUGGGAGCCUGUCUAUACAAGAAAGUAAGGUUCCUUAGCCUAGACGCUUUGACAGCAAAGAAGAGCUAUACUUUCUACGGUACAUUAACAGUUUUUCAUAGAUAUACUAUAUGUACGGUAUACACAGAUUUCUGUUUGGUGAGAUGACUAGUGGAGACAGAGGAUUAGGAGUGGGUGUGGUUUGCAGGAGUGAUUUAGCUAGCUACUCUAUAGACUGUCUCAGCACUGACGACACUCUUUUGCAAUUGAGUAAAGUACAGCAGCAUAUACAGGCCUCUAUUUCUCAUUGGUUUAUGCCUUGUGUCUUUUCCCUCUGACUUUAGUCCCUCUAUUUCUCAUUGGUUUAUGCCUUGUGUCUUUUCCCUCUGACUUCAGUCCCUCUAUUUCUCAUUGGUUUAUGCCCUGUGUCUUUUCCCUCUGACUUCAGUCCCUCUGUUUCUCAUUGGUUUAUGCCUUGUGUCUUUUCCCUCUGACUUCAGUCCCUCUAUUUCUCAUUGGUUUAUGCCCUGUGUCUUUUCCCUCUGACUUCAGUCCUUCGCUAGUUGUUAUAAACUCCUUUCCCCUUUUUUUGUUUCAACGUCACGGUGUCCAUAUUAGUCCUGCUGAGAUUGAGGAUGUCCUAAUAUGGACACCUUACGUUGUCUUUCAUCUUCUCCUCCAUGUUGCGUUUUUAAAAUAGGCAACCUGUUAUUACACUCGUCAUUCCUCAAGUUCAGUGUCAACAUCAUUGUCUGUCUACAGUGUGAUUGUAUUGUGACGUGUGCGUGUGAUCUCUCCAUAACGUCCUGUACAGUCAAGUCAAUGUACCAUGUGUCCAUAAGGUCUGUGUGUAUAACGCCACUCAUCUCCACAUCUCUCCUGAGCUGAUGUUCUAAUCUUAAAGGGACAUUUCACUUGUUAAUAAAAGUUUGUCCGACGUUUUCAGACCUCAGAAGCAGAGUGAUGUCGAGAUGAAACCCCAGGUCCCACGACACGGUAGCUAAUAAGGCUCAAUCUCAGAUCAUUGGAAAAGCACCAUCUAUAUUUCUUUUGUUUUAUUUAUUGCUUGUCUUUUACAUUAAUUUUGGGGUGCAGGCAUAUAGCUGGAUCUACACAACCAAUGUCAUGGGACGUGCUUUCAUCUUGACGUUAGACUACUGUAGAGGUCUGAAAACAUCGGACAAACUUUUUGAUUUGAAAGUGUAUUGUCCCAUUAAGGGUGGCGGUGCAGCAGGGGUGACAGGAGCGUUCUAAAUGGCCAAGCUGUACUCUAUCAAUUAUACACUACACUUUAAUGAAAGUCUGCGUGCCUGAACAAAGUAGAUCACUGACUGUGCUACCGCUGUCACUGCAGUGCAAGGUUUGUAUCACAGUGCCAUUCAUUUCUCAUUCAGUUAGGUUUUGAAAGAAGGAAAGACAAUAUAUUAAGGUCUAUGUUUACAUUUUCAGUGAUGGGUGUCCAUUUUGAUUUUCUUCUUGGUUGCUCUUUUGUUUUGUUCCAUUUGUUUUGACUUCCCGCCCCUUCUCUCCCCCUCAAGGUUCAUUAUAUCAGCUGUCCACUGAGCCUAAAGCCGACAGUGAUUUGGGAUUUUCAUGUGAGUUGGUGUAUUUUUUGUUUUCCAUUCCAUUCCUUAUUUUGUUGAUUGAUUUGUGUCCUCUUGAUUUCCCCCCCCCCCCCCAUGUCAUGCCAUACCACCUAUUCCUUAAGGUUACACACACAUCUGUCUUUACAGUGUUCCCCUCCUUGAUGAUACUCCUAGUGUAUCCUCCUCCUCCUCCACUCAGCCCCACUAUACUGGUCUCUAGUGUAUCCUCCUCCUCCACUCAGCCCCACUAUACUGGUCUGUAGUGUAUCCUCCUCCUCCUCCAGUCAGCCCCACUAUACUGGUCUCUAGUGUAUCCUCCUCCUCCACUCAGCCCCACUAUACUGGUCUGUAGUGUAUCCUCCUCCUCCUCCAGUCAGCCCCACUAUACUGGUCUCUAGUGUAUCCUCCUCCUCCUCCACUCAGCCCCACUAUACUGGUCUCUAGUGUAUCCUCCUCCUCCACUCAGCCCCACUAUACUGGUCUCUAGUGUAUCCUCCUCCUCCACUCAGCCCCACUAUACUGGUCUCUAGUGUAUCCUCCUCCUCCUCCAGUCAGCCCCACUAUACUGGUCUCUAGUGUAUCCUCCUCCUCCUCCACUCAGCCCCACUAUACUGGUCUCUAGUGUAUCCUCCUCCUCCUCCAGUCAGCCCCACUAUACUGGUCUCUAGUGUAUCCUCCUCCUCCUCCACUCAGCCCCACUAUACUGGUCUCUAGUGUAUCCUCCUCCUCCACUCAGCCCCACUAUACUGGUCUCUAGUGUAUCCUCCUCCUCCAGUCAGCCCCACUAUACUGGUCUGUAGUGUAUCCUCCUCCUCCUCCAGUCAGCCCCACUAUACUGGUCUCUAGUGUAUCCUCCUCCUCCUCCACUCAGCCCCACUAUACUGGUCUCUAGUGUAUCCUCCUCCUCCUCCACUCAGCCCCAUUAUACUGGUCUCUAGUGUAUCCUCCUCCUCCACUCAGCCCCACUAUACUGGUCUCUAGUGUAUCCUCCUCCUCCAGUCAGCCCCACUAUACUGGUCUCUAGUGUAUCCUCCUCCUCCACUCAGCCCCACUAUACUGGUCUCUAGUGUAUCCUCCUCCUCCAGUCAGCCCCACUAUACUGGUCUCUAGUGUAUCCUCCUCCUCCUCCACUCAGCCCCACUAUACUGGUCUCUAGUGUAUCCUCCUCCUCCUCCAGUCAGCCCCACUAUACUGGUCUGUAGUGUAUCCUCCUCCUCCUCCACUCAGCCCCACUAUACUGGUCUCUAGUGUAUCCUCCUCCUCCUCCAGUCAGCCCCACUAUACUGGUCUCUAGUGUAUCCUCCUCCUCCACUCAGCCCCACUAUACUGGUCUCUAGUGUAUCCUCCUCCUCCACUCAGCCCCACUAUACUGGUCUCUAGUGUAUCCUCCUCCUCCUCCAGUCAGCCCCACUAUACUGGUCUCUAGUGUAUCCUCCUCCUCCACUCAGCCCCACUAUACUGGUCUCUAGUGUAUCCUCCUCCUCCACUCAACCCCACUAUACUGGUCUCUAGUGUAUCCUCCUCCUCCUCCACUCAGCCCCACUAUACUGGUCUCUAGUGUAUCCUCCUCCUCCUCCUCCAGUCAGCCCCACUAUACUGGUCUCUAGUGUAUCCUCCUCCUCCUCCACUCAGCCCCACUAUACUGGGUCUCUAGUGUAUCCUCCUCCUCCUCCAGUCAGCCCCACUAUACUGGUCUCUAGUGUAUCCUCCUCCUCCUCCAGUCAGCCCCACUAUACUGGUCUCUAGUGUAUCCUCCUCCUCCACUCAGCCCCACUAUACUGGUCUCUAGUGUAUCCUCCUCCUCCUCCACUCAGCCCCACUAUACUGGUCUCUAGUGUAUCCUCCUCCUCCUCCACUCAGCCCCACUAUACUGGUCUCUAGUGUAUCCUCCUCCUCCUCCAGUCAGCCCCACUAUACUGGUCUCUAGUGUAUCCUCCUCCUCCUCCAGUCAGCCCCCACUAUACUGGUCUCUAGUGUAUCCUCCUCCUCCACUCAGCCCCACUAUACUGGUCUCUAGUGUAUCCUCCUCCUCCUCCAGUCAGCCCCACUAUACUGGUCUCUAGUGUAUCCUCCUCCUCCUCCAGUCAGCCCCACUAUAACUGGUCUCUAGUGUAUCCUCCUCCCUCCAGUCAGCCCCACUAUACUGGUCUCUAGUGUAUCCUCCUCCUCCAGUCAGCCCCCACUAUACUGGUCUCUAGUGUAUCCUCCUCCUCCUCCCCAGUCAGCCCCACUAUACUGGUCUCUAGUGUAUCCUCCUCCUCCUCCUCCUCCAGUCAGCCACCAACUAUAAUGGUCUCUAGGUAUCCUCCUCCUCCUCCUCCAGUCAGCCCCACUAUACUGGUCUCUAGUGUAUCCUCCUCCUCCUCCCCAGUCAGCCCCCCACUAUACUGGUCUCUAGUGUAUCCUCCUCCUCCUCCUCCAGUCAGCCCCACUAUACUGGUCUCUAGUGUAUCCUCCUCCUCCUCCUCCAGUCAGCCCCACUAUACUGGUCUCUAGUGUAUCCUCCUCCUCCUCCACUCAGCCCCACUAUACUGGUCUCUAGUGUAUCCUCCUCCUCCUCCACUCAGCCCCACUAUACUGGUCUCUAGUGUAUCCUCCUCCUCCACUCAGCCCCCACUAUACUGGUCUCUAGUGUAUCCUCCUCCUCCUCCACUCAGCCCCACUAUACUGGUCUCUAGUGUAUCCUCCUCCUCCAGUCAGCCCCACUAUACUGGUCUCUAGUGUAUCCUCCUCCUCCACUCAGCCCCACUAUACUGGUCUCUAGUGUAUCCUCCUCCUCCUCCUCCAGUCAGCCACACUAUACUGGUCUCUAGUGUAUCCUCCUCCUCCUCCACUCAGCCCCACUAUACUGGUCUCUAGUGUAUCCUCCUCCUCCUCCAGUCAGCCCCACUAUACUGGUCUCUAGUGUAUCCUCCUCCUCCACUCAGCCCCACUAUACUGGUCUCUAGUGUAUCCUCCUCCACUCAGCCCCACUAUACUGGUCUCUAGUGUAUCCUCCUCCUCCUCCACUCAGCCCCACUAUACUGGUCUCUAGUGUAUCCUCCUCCUCCUCCAGUCAGCCCCACUAUACUGGUCUCUAGUGUAUCCUCCUCCUCCAGUCAGCCCCACUAUACUGGUCUCUAGUGUAUCCUCCUCCUCCUCCAGUCAGCCCCACUAUACUGGUCUCUAGUGUAUCCUCCUCCUCCUCCACUCAGCCCCACUAUACUGGUCUCUAGUGUAUCCUCCUCCUCCACUCAGCCCCACUAUACUGGUCUCUAGUGUAUCCUCCUCCUCCACUCAGCCCCACUAUACUGGUCUCUAGUGUAUCCUCCUCUUCCUCCACUCAGCCCCACUAUACUGGUUUCUAGUGUAUCCUCCUCCUCCAGUCAGCCCCACUAUACUGGUCUCUAGUGUAUCCUCCUCCUCCACUCAGCCCCACUAUACUGGUCUCUAGUGUAUCCUCCUCCUCCUCCACUCAGCCCCACUAUACUGGUCUCUAGUGUAUCCUCCUCCACUCAGCCUCACUAUACUGGUCUCUAGUGUAUCCUCCUCCUCCUCCACUCAGCCCCACUAUACUGGUCUCUAGUGUAUCCUCCUCCUCCUCCAGUCAGCCCCACUAUACUGGUCUCUAGUGUAUCCUCCUCCUCCACUCAGCCCCACUAUACUGGUCUCUAGUGUAUCCUCCUCCUCCUCCAGUCAGCCCCACUAUACUGGUCUCUAGUGUAUCCUCCUCCUCCACUCAGCCCCACUAUACUGGUCUCUAGUGUAUCCUCCUCCUCCUCCUCCUGUCAGCCCCACUAUACAGGUCUCUAGUGUAUCCUCCUCCUCCACUCAGCCCCACUAUACUGGUCUCUAGUGUAUCCUCCUCCUCCUCCACUCAGCCCCACUAUACUGGUCUCUAGUGUAUCCUCCUCCUCCUCCACUCAGCCCCACUAUACUGGUCUCUAGUGUAUCCUCCUCCUCCACUCAGCCCCACUAUACUGGUCUCUAGUGUAUCCUCCUCCUCCUCCACUCAGCCCCACUAUACUGGUCUCUAGUGUAUCCUCCUCCUCCUCCUCCACUCAGCCCCACUAUACUGGUCUCUAGUGUAUCCUCCUCCUCCUCCAGUCAGCCCCACUAUACUGGUCUCUAGUGUAUCCUCCUCCUCCCAGUCAGCCCCACUAUACUGGUCUCUAGUGUAUCCUCCUCCUCCACUCAGCCCCACUAUACUGGUCUCUAGUGUAUCCUCCUCCUCCACUCAGCCCCACUAUACUGGUCUCUAGUGUAUCCUCCUCCUCCUCCUCCACUCAGCCCCACUAUACUGGUCUCUAGUGUAUCCUCCUCCUCCUCCAGUCAGCCCCACUAUACUGGUCUCUAGUGUAUCCUCCUCCUCCACUCAGCCCCACUAUACUGGUCUCUAGUGUAUCCUCCUCCUCCACUCAGCCCCACUAUACUGGUCUCUAGUGUAUCCUCCUCCUCCUCCAGUCAGCCCCACUAUACUGGUCUCUAGUGUAUCCUCCUCCUCCUCCACUCAGCCCCACUAUACUGGUCUCUAGUGUAUCCCUCCUCCUCCACUCAGCCCCACUAUACUGGUCUGUAGUGUAUCCUCCUCCUCCUCCAGUCAGCCCCACUAUACUGGUCUCUAGUGUAUCCUCCUCCUCCUCCAGUCAGCCCCACUAUACUGGUCUCUAGUGUAUCCUCCUCCUCCUCCACUCAGCCCCACUAUACUGGUCUCUAGUGUAUCCUCCUCCUCCUCCACUCAGCCCCACUAUACUGGUCUCUAGUGUAUCCUCCUCCUCCUCCUCCAGUCAGCCCCACUAUACUGGUCUUUAGUGUAUCCUCCUCCUCCUCCAGUCAGCCCCACUAUACUGGUCUCUAGUGUAUCCUCCUCCUCCACUCAGCCCCACUAUACUGGUCUCUAGUGUAUCCUCCUCCUCCACUCAGCCCCACUAUACUGGUCUCUAGUGUAUCCUCCUCCUCCUCCAGUCAGCCCCACUAUACUGGUCUCUAGUGUAUCCUCCUCCUCCUCCACUCAGCCCCACUAUACUGGUCUCUAGUGUAUCCUCCUCCUCCACUCAGCCCCACUAUACUGGUCUGUAGUGUAUCCUCCUCCUCCUCCAGUCAGCCCCACUAUACUGGUCUCUAGUGUAUCCUCCUCCUCCUCCAGUCAGCCCCACUAUACUGGUCUCUAGUGUAUCCUCCUCCUCCACUCAACCCCACUAUACUGGUCUCUAGUGUAUCCUCCUCCUCCUCCACUCAGCCCCACUAUACUGGUCUCUAGUGUAUCCUCCUCCUCCUCCACUCAGCCCCACUAUACUGGUCUCUAGUGUAUCCUCCUCCUCCUCCUCCAGUCAGCCCCACUAUACUGGUCUUUAGUGUAUCCUCCUCCUCCUCCAGUCAGCCCCACUAUACUGGUCUCUAGUGUAUCCUCCUCCUCCACUCAGCCCCACUAUACUGGUCUCUAGUGUAUCCUCCUCCUCCACUCAGCCCCACUAUACUGGUCUCUAGUGUAUCCUCCUCCUCCUCCUCCUCCAGUCAGCCCCACUAUACUGGUGUCAGAGAGGUUCCAGUGUCUCUGUGGUUUUACAGCCUCCUCAUCUCGAUUUGAGAGAGAGUUUUACUGA